AUGCACACCGAAUCGUCCAAAAGCAAUACUGUAAUACAAGAAGAAAACACUUUCAAAUCAACCGCAAGUUUUCCGGCAAUCUCCAUGUCAACUCCAAAGCCACCCUACAAAUUCAACAAACUACUUGAGCUUGUCAAAGCCUAUAACAACUUCCAGAGAACAUCCGAUUACUGGGAAUUUGGCUACUAUCUUGCCAAGAAUAAGAAUGCUUGGAUUAAACUGGGGUUUAUUCGCCCUCAAGAGGCCCAGCGUCUACAAGGCUACAAAUCGCAGUUGGGGGGAUAUCUUUCGUUCGACACGCAACAGAAGCAUAUUCAACUAGACUCGAUUCAUGUGCAGGACUCGGCCACUGUUGUCGAGGCAAUCAAAGCAAUAAGAGUUAUUCUUUCUCAACUUCCUAAGACAGGAGAGAAGCAUGAAGGCAACUUUGGCACAGGCCUCUGGGAAGACAACGACGAGAUGUGGCCGUUGUAUGGUUUCGGUUUCCUAACCGGUUUCCUCUGUGGCUUGUCCCCCAUCUUCGGUAUCGUAACAACUGGUGUUCAUCUGAACGUCUACAAGCGCGAAGGCGCCACCUUCCGCAUUUGGGUCGCGCAACGUUCGGAAAAGAAAAACUUUCCUCGCAUGUACGAUCAGUGUGCAGCCGGGGGCUAUCAGUACCAACUCACUCAGCCGAAAGCCAAGGCCAAACCCAAGCAGCCGAAAACCGAGGAUUAUGGCGAGUCAAACGACGUGUCUACAAAGGCCUGUAUUGAACGGGAGGUUAAAGAGGAGCUAAGGCAAGGUCUACCCGAAAAUUGGAUCACAAGAGUUGAGGGUCCCCAUGCGAUUCAGUUUGCUUACAUCCGGGACGAUAGAUCGGGGGAACACCUUGAUGGUUUUCCUGAACUCGGUGUGAAGAUUGCGUACGACCUCGAACUCAAAUCGGGUGAGAACCCCGAAUUCAAAAAACUCAACCUAAACGAAGUCUCAGGUGUCACGUCAUUUCUAGUGGAUGAAAUCGUAAAUCUCCUUCUCAAAGAUCAAUUCAAGCCGAACUGCGCACUCGUUAUGGUUGCUUUUCUGAUUCGACUUGGCUGUCUGGGGAAAUACGCUUCAGCCCAAGAUAUAGGGGAUAUUGAAAAAAUGCUCAGAAAACACCCAGCUGUCGAUGUUCUUCCUCAUUGGGAAUUGAGUCAAGAGCCAAAGACAUCAGGACAAAAGCGACGCUGAGGAAAAACUCCGAACAGGGCUGCUGGCGGUUAUACACCUGAGCUACGAGCAGUAUCUCGAGAGAGGUAUUUGUGUUUCUGAAAGAAACUUACAAAUGCCGGACUUUGACGAUUGAGGACAAGGGCUCCGCAUGUGUGCUGCUUGUAAAUAGGUGGAUCCCGGUAUUUUGCGAAACAAACGUUUGGACGCUCGUUUGGGAGGUUGGAAGAGCGAACUCCUGCCUGGCCCUGAGUUACCGUUCUGGAGAGGCAAAGUGGGUAUUUUUCUACCGGCGUUUUUGACUAUUGAGAGAUCGUAGGGUUUUGAACAUGUUGUUUAAGGUGUCACCUCAAUG